AGGGGGCAGAGAGCAAAAACAGAGGGCAACGAAAGAAAAUUAGGGGAAAGGUCCGAUUUCGCACCCGCAGCUCGAGGUCCGCAUUCCAGUCGAGGUUCGUCGAGGUAUUUUUCCGGGUUUUCGGUUCCAGGCUUCUUAGAUCUUUGGCAUAAAGGUGACAGUUAUAUAGAGUUGUUGGUGGGGCUGUCAAAAUAUAUUGGCAGCCCUAUUUCCUCCCAGAAAAACAUAAGACCAACUUAAAUAAAAGAGUGUCUUGCAGGAAAAUUAUUGUUGUUUGUAUGAGGGUUGUCUGAUAUUGGUAUGCAAAUUUGGGAAGGCUGUAUAUCAUCAUGGCUUCGUUUUCUGGAAUCCUCCAAAGACCGAUAGUUGCAGCAUCUGCAGUCGCUAUAACUUCUGUAUCUACUGAUCUUCAUGAAAAAUUUUGGCCCUCAAAAUCAAUAGAGAAUUCUUCUUCUGAAGCAUUGCAAGAAAAGAAAACAUCAUGGGUGUCUCAGAUAUCCGUAUCUAAGCUUGCCAAUUUGUCCUUUGUCAACAGAAUACGCGUUCCUGUGCCUAACAUAAGUGUUCCAAGUCCCAGCGCCAGUUACAGUUCUAGUUCUGUUUCAAAUCUUUCGUGUUCUUCCAUAGGAAUUUCUUCUGUGUUGGUCAAUUUUUAUCAAUUAGCAGCAUUGACUAAGUCUGCAAAUCCAUCAACAUAUACUUCUACAGUUCCUUCUUCGCCUUCAGAGGUGUUGUAUAAAUGGCAUUUACCGGAGCCAAAUGUUGUUGAUAUAUCAGGGAAUUAUGAUUGUUCAUCAGUAAAGUCUAGGACUGUGGUAGUAUUGUUGGGAUGGUUAGGUGCAAAACAGAAGCAUCUAAAGAGAUAUGCAGACUGGUAUUCCUCAAGAGGAUAUCAUGUCAUUACAUUUACUUUCCCAAUGUCUGAGAUUCUUAGCUAUCAAGUCGGGGGAAAGGCAGAGCAGGAUAUAGAACUGCUUGUGAACCAUCUUGCUGAUUGGUUGGAAGAAGAGCAUGGAAAGAACUUGGUCUUCCACACUUUCAGUAACACAGGAUGGUUAACUUAUGGUGUCAUUUUGGAGAAGUUUCAAAAACAAGAUCCUGCUUUAAUGACAAGGAUCAAAGGUUGUAUUGUUGAUUCUGCUCCUGUAGCUGCUCCAGAUCCACAGGUAUGGGCUUCUGGAUUCUCUGCUGCCUUUUUGAAGAAGAAUAGUGUUGCAACCAAACGCAUCAUGACUAUAAACAACAAAGAUGCGGAUGUGACAAUAGAAACCAAAACUUCUUCGGAUGCUACGCCUGCAGUAACUGAAGCAGCUUUGCUAGUAGUACUGGAGAAGUUCUUUGAGGUGGUUUUGAACCUUCCCGCCGUAAAUAGGAGACUUUCUGAUGUUCUGGAUCUAUUGACAUCCCGGCAACCAAGUUGCCCACAAUUGUACAUAUACAGCAGUGCAGACAGAGUGAUUCCUGCGAUUUCUGUUGAGUCCUUUGUAGAGGAGCAACGAAGCAUUGGUCGCAACGUUAGAGCUUGCAACUUCAUUUCUACACCUCAUGUUGAUCAUUUCAGAAAUGAUCCUGAAUUAUAUACUUUACAGCUUACCCAAUUUCUUGAGGACUCCGUUUUAAGCUCUUGCAAACAGUCUUCCUGAAUAAUUCCUAACCACAUUCAUUCUUUUAGCCUUUUCUUCAGUUUUUACCAAAUACUUUGUAAAACUUCUGUUUUCCAAUUUUAAAACAGAUAUACAUUUACAAUACAUUGGUGUAGGUUUAUUAAAUAUACAGUAAGAAUAAGAUUCUUUUAUUUUAUUUUAGUUGUAUCUGUGGUUUCCCAGCAAUAAAGUUGCUGCACUGUAACCCAAUUUUAUAUAUUUAUUUAAUUAUGCUA